UAUUAAAAAAAAAAAUUUAAAAAUUCUCACCGUUGCCUCCCAUUUCUCCAUAAAUAGACCCCUCCCGUACCUUCAAAAUCCACCACAAAGCCAUCAACCAAAUCAACAAAGCAAACAGAAGAGAAAAAAAUACUACCAAAUUUUCCUUCACUCAUCAACACAGUUUCCACACUUCGCUACAAAUGGCUCCUCAGAUCACACCAACUUCCGCCGGCGCCCUCGCCGCCAAAACCACCACCGCCACUCUGGCGAAGCAGCCGAGUAUAUCCAAGUGCGCUUACGUCACCUUCCUGGCCGGUAACGGCGACUACGUCAAGGGAGUCGUCGGGCUCGCCAAGGGACUCCGUAAGGCGAAGAGCAAGUACCCUCUCGUCGUCGCCAUCCUCCCCGACGUCCCUCAGGAGCACCGCCGGAUCCUCGUCUCCCAGGGCUGCAUCGUCCGGGAGAUCGAGCCCGUCAGCCCGCCCGACAACCAGACCGAGUUCGCCAUGGCGUACUACGUCAUCAACUACUCCAAGCUCCGCAUCUGGAAGUUUGUGGAGUACAGCAGGAUGAUAUACCUGGACGGCGACAUCCAGGUGUUCGAGAACAUCGACCACCUGUUCGACCUCCCCGACGGCCACUUCUACGCAGUGAUGGACUGCUUCUGCGAGAAGACGUGGAGCCACACCCCGCAGCACAAGAUCGGGUACUGCCAGCAGAGGCCCGAUAAAGUCGAUUGGCCCGUGGAGAAGCUGGGCCCGAAGCCCGCUCUCUACUUCAACGCCGGGAUGUUCGUCUACGAGCCCAGCCUGACGAUCUACGACGAGCUGAUGAAGAAGCUGAAGAUCACCCCGCCAACACCGUUCGCCGAACAGGAUUUCCUCAACAUGUUCUUCAGGGACGUCUACAGGCCGAUUCCCAAUGUGUACAAUCUCGUGCUCGCCAUGCUGUGGCGUCACCCGGAGAAUGUCCAGCUGGAGAAAGUCAAAGUCGUCCACUACUGUGCCGCGGGAUCUAAGCCGUGGAGGUAUACGGGGAAGGAAGAGAACAUGGAGAGGGAGGACAUCAAGAUGCUGGUGAAGAAAUGGUGGGAGAUUUACGAGGACGAGUCGUUGGAUUACGGGAACUGGGUCGGGUCGGAAGCGGCGGUGGUGGAUCCGGAGGCGGUGAAUGUGCAGCCGUUCCUGGCGGCGUUGUCGGAGGCCGGAGUGGUUCAUUACGUUACGGCGCCGUCCGCCGCUUAGGACCGGCGGGAUUAUCAUCAGUAAAUUAUUAGUGUGCUUUUAUCAAUUAAGGUUUUGAGCUCCGUGGAAGGAACGAGAAGCUUUUUCUUUUUCCGCUUGGGAAUUUUCAGAAUAGUUUUUAGGGGUGUGUGGGUUGUUUUUGCUUUUUCUUUUUGAGGAAGUGGGCCGGAAAGACUUUGAUUUGGGCGGAGGAGAUUUUUAACCCUCUGUUAAUCUUAGAGGAUCCAUUUCUAUUUGGGCUUUUUUUUUGGGUGUAUAUCUAUGUACUGCAAUUUCUACUUAAUGAGAGGCUUAUUAUUAUCUGUAUUAAAUGGUAUCCAAUGGU